CUCGGUCACCAUUUAUAUCUCCACAACCUUUACAUUCACCACUCAAAACUUUUUCCUGCACACACAAAGCUCUCUCUUUUGUUCCCAAAAGCUUCCCUAACUCAUUUAUUUUCCUUCUCAAGCACUGGGCAAAGCAAUCAAGAAUAUUUCAUAUCAAGUUGCAUCUAAUUUGGUGGUGGUCACUAUUUUUUUGAACUAAGAGACAAGCAUAUAUACCAGGAUUGGAGGUAAUUAUUAGUUUACAACAUUGACCAAAUCAGCCAGCGGUUUUUUUUUUUUGGAUUACAGGCAAUGGGAUUGCAAAGAUCACCUUCCUAUAAACCAAAGGUCCAACCUAAACCUAUUCCAGAAACAAAAAAUGAAGAGAACAAAGUCAAUGGCUAUUCUACCACAAAUGAAGCUAUAUUCUUGAAUUCAAGUUAUAAUUCCUGGGUGGUGGAACACCCUUCUGCACUACGCUCAUUUGACCGAAUGAUGAAAGCCACAAAAGGGAAGAGGAUUGUCGUGUUUUUAGAUUACGAUGGGACCCUCUCUCCUAUUGUAAAUGAUCCUGAUCUCGCUAUCAUGUCUGAUGAGAUGCGUAAAGCAGUAUGUAAAGUUGCAAAAAAAUUUCCAACAGCCAUUAUUAGUGGAAGGUGCAGAGACAAGGUAAAAGAUUUUGUUAAGUUGAGUAAUGUUUAUUAUGCUGGGAGCCAUGGGAUGGAUAUAAUGGCUCCACCAAGAGUAGUUAAGUCCGGUGAUGGCAAGAACCAUAACAUAGCCCCUGACAAAAAGGGGGGUGAAGUUCUCUUCCAACCUGCUAAGAAAUUCAUGCCUGCAAUUCAAAAGAUAUACAGAAUUUUGGAGGAAAAAACGAAGACAAUACAAGGUGCCAGGGUAGAGGAUAAUAGGUUCUGCAUAUCUGUACAUUAUCGGCAAGUGAGAGAAGAGGAUUAUGGCAUGUUGGAAGAGACGGUCAAGUCUGUAGUUGAGACAUACCAAGAAUUUCACGUAACUGAGGGUAAAAAGGUUUUGGAGGUACGACCAUCUAUUGAAUGGAACAAAGGUCAUGCAUUGGAAUAUUUACUUGACACUUUAGGCUUUAGCGACUCCAGUACUAAUGUCCUCCCAUUUUACAUUGGGGAUGAUCGAUCUGAUGAAGAUGCUUUCAAGGUCAUUCGAAGUAGAGGACAUGGCUAUCCAAUUAUUGUAUCUUCCAUUCCGAAGGAUACAGGAGCUUUAUACUCUCUGUGUGAUCCCUCGGAAGUAUUAACUUUCUUGAAAAAGCUAGCAGGACGGAGGGAAAAAUCUUCUUCUUACAGGACACCUGCUCGAUUCAGGGUUAAGGCAAUUGAAAAUUUGAAAUAGCAUUUUGGUUUUGUUGAUAGAAAUUCGAAAAAAAAAAAGGUUCAUAUAUAGAUAGAUGGAGGACUCCGGAAAAUACAAGUUUCACUGUUUUAUUUAGUGCUUUGUGAAACAACCAGGUAUUGGAGCUUCCACCUUAUAAAUGACCAUCUUAUGAAAGAAAUGUACUUGCCCUUUGACAAGUGCAAAAAUAUUGUAAAA